AUGAGUUCCUCGGCAACUCCAACCCCACGUGAGCAGAGGUCCGAUUCGACCACUUCGGCGACAUCUGCUGCCUCAUCCACCGGUAGAAGGCCCUCGACGGGCAUGUUCUCCUCUCUACAGCAGCUGAAAGAUGAUCCGACCAACCUGGCUCGCCGCAAGAGUAUGCAUGACCAACGCCCGGUGCCGGGUAUGAUUGGACGGUGGUGGAACAACUAUGUAUACGGCAUCAAUUCUCCCAACAAUCCGCCCAACAAGUAA